GAUGGAAAUACAAUUGCAAGACAGGGAGGGAGUGUAUACAGAAGUUGCCGGUGAUCGCCGACACUCCACCAUCUCAAUUUAUAUACAAAAGUUAAGGUUAGGGUUAGGGCUUUGCAGAGACAUUCUUUCAAAUGGUUUCUGGCGGAGUAACAGAGCUCUCAGCAGAGGGUGUGGGACAGCUCCAAGAAGGCAUCGGUUUAGUUCUGUCUCGAUGGACCGCGCUUCAGAUGGCCGUCGAGAACGAGUGGGGCGGACGUGACUCUCGCCAACAAUCCCAACAACUCGCCGCCGAUAUCUUCUCUUGGCUCACCCAAUCAAAAGAGCCUCUAUUUAUUGAUGAUUUAGAAGAAAUGCUGGAUGAGUUUAUGCUUUCCAUCAAUACUCAGAUUGAAGAUGGCAGUAUUGAGGAGGUUGCAGAAAAAUUAAUGGUUAUGCAUGAAGAUUGUCUUGAUGGUAACUAUAAGUCGAUUGAUAGCCUGAAGGAAACCAUUCCUCCUAGGGGUGCGGUUCCUCCCAUCAGACAGACUGUCAGUGAUGAUGAUGAUGAUAGCGAUGAUGAUCAGAGCUUGGACAAUGAUGAUUUAACAGAAAUGGCAGUUGAUGGUCCGGAACUUCAGUUGAAUUCGAAUUGCACAGAUGUGAUGGUUGAUGACCCGAGACCUAAUGAAGCGGCUCAAGUGGAGGAUGGGUGGACGGUGGUUGCCUCUAGGCGGAAUGGGGGUAGAAGGAACUAAGGUGCAACUCGAGACAUUUUUUUCCCCUGUUUUUCUCUCGACAAAUGUAUUAAAUAAUUGUUGUGGACAAAUUGUAAAAUUGAUAUCCAGACAUUGAAUCAAGGUCAUAAACAUCCAUUGAAUGGAUAUGCUGAA